AUGCGACGUAGAAGACGGUAACCGCCUGCGGCAGAUUCGGCAGAUUCAGGGCCGUUUGACCACAUCGCAGUGUAGUACGUAUAUGUGCGCUGCAUCUGGGAAACCUACACCCAUGACUGGUCUGGCAGAGUAAAAUUUAUAUGUUGACAGAAUGCGAAAUGGCCGUGCUACCUAUUGUAAAUAUCUUCAAAUCUGAUGGAAGACGCUCUUCGUUUCUGCAUGCCAUGGUUUUAUUAUCAUUGCUUUUUGUUGACAUUUUCCUGUGCAAUAGCGUAACUGAAUUUUCCUGGAUUUAAACGCUAAGCGUCCCAGUUCAUGCAUAUGGUGGGUCAGUUUAUUUAAGCUGCCGGUGUACAGUUUGAAGGACCCCGUUCUUAAGUAUACAAACUGAAAAUGGACCAUCUGUGUUUGAAAUACCUUACAACUGCCGUUUAUACGUAGGUUUACAUACAAUCCGAAUGUUUUCUUCGUGAUGGCAGCUACUAACGUGAUUUGAAAUGUUUGAGCGUCGAUUCCGAGCAUCAAAUAGAUCCUUGACCGCUGUGACAGGUUUAAAUACUUGGGACUGCUCGUAUGCGAUCGUGAUGGAGCGCGCAAACAAUUUCGACAGUUUGCAUUCAUAAGAAAAUCGCCAAAUGUAUGCGAAGAAACUUUGGAUUACACAUGCAUGAAAAAAUUAUUGAGAUUCGAAAGUCAUUUUGUUGGUGUGAUUCGGAUUGUAUCGUUUCCGGCGGACCAAUUAAUUAACUUGGACAUAUUCAGCAAGCUUUUACGCCACCGUAUCGGUUUUCACUGUUGAAGGUUGAUACAUGGAUGAUCAUUUUCCGAUUAGCAAAUGCCACACAUAUGCGACUCCAGUUGUUAGCUUUCACGCUCUUGCCGGCAUCCAAACAACCGAUACUCUGAUAAGUGACCACUGACAUCUGCGAAAAUGCCUACUUCCCACAUAAACGGAAACUCUGAGUUGGCGGAGUCAGGGAAAUAUUCCAACAACGUACUUCUUGCUGCGCUGCAAGAAAUGGAUGCAAUUAUUGCCGAGUCCAAAUUAUGUUUGGAUAAUAUGCCGGAAUCCACGCCAGCACGCGCAGUCCACAAUGGACACACGCCGGCAUCCUGCGAUCAGCUGUCCACUGCCGGCUUAUCUCUGGAUAAGCUGUCCCAGUCAUUAGAGGUUCUCAGCGGAACAAACGGUCGGCUGGUGGGCAUGAAUGGCUCCGUGCCGGGCAACAUAUCAAAAUUCGCCGGCCAAUUGGAAGCGACAGCACUCUCCAAGAGCGUUCCCAAGAUAAAUAGCUAUCGUGUUGCUCCCGCACAAGCGUCAGUCAUUCUACAAUUGGCAGAUGAACUGAAAAUUCAGAUCCAACUGGCCUGCAAUGACGGCCGGAAUGAGGCCAAAAGUUUAACCAAGGAUACGCGGCGGGUUCUCAGAAAUUGGCUACUGGAGGCCGACGACAUAAAAUCCCGAAAUCGUAGCAUUAAUGGAGGGAACGACCAUUUGAGCGAUGCCGUUAAACGUCUUGAAGCUGAGCGAAAUAGUCUUCAAAGGCAGUUGCAAAUCGUUAGCGAACGGAUGACUACGCAGUCGGACAAAAUUCGGCAACUCCAGAAUCUUCUCAUCGAUAAAAGCUGCCAACUGGAAAAUACUGAAGCGCUGUUACGUGAGGAAUCACUCUCUCGAUCGGCACUGGAAAGUCGUAAAGUGGACCUGUAUGGCGAAGUGAAAGAUAUGCGGGCAAAAAAAUUGGCAGCCGAAAAGGAAAUGCUGGCGCUGGAAAGUAGAUCACCGCAUAUCAAGGAAACACACUUGGUGCAGAAUGGAUCGGAUUGUGAUCGGCUUAAUGGGCCAGUUAAAUCAGGAUCCGUAAACACGGCUGCGCAUGCACACGAUAUCACACAGGACACUUUAGAAAAAACUGUGCAAUUGUUAUCGGAAAAGCUGGAUGAAAAAGACAGAAAAAUUCGACAAUUGGAAAGCUUACUGCACCGCCAAAAUAAUUAUAAUGAUAGGUCAGCCGUCGUAACGAAUGGAAAUGGGUUUACUGCCAACAGCUCUAAUCCAGUCGAUUCACGCGACGGCGGAAAACCGCCCCAUACAUCUCGUCUCUAUCCAUCAACAACGAUUCCUAACCGACGUCACAAUUCUGCGGCAUUGGCCCACGCUAACUUAGCGCACAGCAUCUCUGUCGGAUCGGACGAUAGUCUAACGAAAUACGCGGACUCCUUGCCCGCCUCCGAGGGAAACGGAAUCAGCAGUGCCACCAACACGGGGUCACGCCGACGCGAAUCCUCCAGUAGGUUGAGUAGUACAACGCGGUCGCGCAGCACCGAUGCCCGGCACUGGCGUUCCGACCGGCACAAGCUUUCGUCCGGCUCCUUUCGCGUGUCGCCUGUGUCGCCUUCGAAAAGCUUUGGAGAAAAACUCUCUCUUAUCUCUGCUUCUUCUUCCUGGAAUUUUCUCCGCAAUCGCAGUAGCAGCAACAGCAAUGCUAAUAUUGCGUUGCGCGAUUAUAUUCAGGAGAUCAAUCGCAGCAACAGUGUGCCCAAUCUUGGACGUGUCGGCAGUGAAUCUGACCGGUUAAGGUGCUCGACACCAAAGAGCGGAUCCUCAGAUGAAAGGAAACAAGGCACCCUGCGGAGAUUUUUUGAAAAGUUUACGAGGGGUAGCUCUUCUGCUUUAAACGAAGAACAACCUUCCCCGCAAACGUUUAAACGGGGCGGCAUACGCGCCACUGCCGGUCCGCGUCUACAGCGAACAAUGAAUAAUGCCCCGAAAAAAUGGGAUGCAAGCGUUCCACUUUCUCAGUGGAGUCAUGAACAGUUAGUGCAGUGGUUGGAAGAAGAAGUACAGCUGCCUUUGACACACGCUGGGAAAGCAUGGAUUACAAAUGGUGAGGAUCUGCUGAAAACAAACCCCGUCCAGCUGGAAAAGAUGCUCGGGUUGUAUCAUCCAUUGUACAAAAAAAAGCUGAUUCUGGCAAUCAAAGCUCUGGAAGAAAACGAUACCAGCCCCUUGAACAAGCUUGAUUAUUUAUGGGUACUGAGAUGGCUGGACGAUGUAGGAUUGCCGCAGUACAAAGAUGUGUUUGCUGAGGCUCGCGUUGACGGAAGGGUUCUUAACUACUUGACAACGGACGAUCUGUUUUUACUGAAAAUUACCAAUGCGCUUCACCAUGCAUCCCUAAAGCGUGGAAUUCAAAUACUGCGUCAUUGUGGUUUCAACCCGGCCUUAAUAAGGAGGCGACCUUUCAAACCUGAUAUCCCGAAUGAAAGUCCAGACUGUGUGAUAUAUUGGAGUAAUCAUCGUGUUAUGGAAUGGCUUCGCGCGUUAGACUUGUCAGAGUACGGCCCGAAUUUGCGCGGUUCUGGAGUCCAUGGUGCUUUGAUGAUUCUCGAAGAUCGUUUCAAUGCGGAUAUUCUGGCUGAACUGCUGUCAAUACCGCCCAGCAAAACAUUGUUAAGGCGCCACUUGAAUAAAAGUUUUACCGAAUUGGUUGGGAAUCAGAUUAUGAGACACAAACGGUCGGCCAGCGCGGCUUCCGGCUACGCUCCCCUUUCGCCUCACCUAAAACUAAAGCCAACAAGACGUGGCUUCAGUUUACACCGAAGGCGUGGAAAAUUAGAAAUGGAUGCGCAGGACUACCUUUGCCCGCCUGAUCUCAAGGUUGACUUGGAUGCAUUUGUGAUCGAUAAGGAAACCGUUCGCGACGAAAACUCACCAGCAAACGGCAAUGUGAACAAAUCUCUUGCCAGUAGCAACAGCCAACUGAGUGUGCCUUCGCCAACUGUUUUGUCCUUAACAAUUUAAGGACUGUUUACUUUCAUAUUUUAUUUAUGUUCUGAAGUUUAUCACAAAGUUUAAAUCAGUGUAAAUCUAAACAAUGCGACUCGUAAUGUGUUUCCUUAGCCGAAAAUCAUCAACAGUAUCACCUGAAUGUCUAGCAAUGAAAGCACUUAAGCAAAUCUUGCACUCGUCACAGUUUGAAAGAAAAAGCAUCACAGAUGAAUCAUCAGAAAGCUAGCUAAGCGUACUUGACUAAUAAAGCUAAAAGCGUUGUUGCUGA